AUGGCUUCGACGCAUGCUCUUAAGAAGAACUACCGCUGCGACUGCUCCCUGCAGCAGUUCUACACUGGCGGGCCCUUUGCCGUCGGGCUCGCCGCCGGCGGUGAUGGCGAGGGCGGCGCCGAGGCUGAGGCCUUCCUCGCGUGCGCAUGCGGUGGGGAGGUGCGCGUGGUGUCCGCCGCGGACGCCUCCGCCAUAGGGGAGCCCGUCGACGGCGACUCGGAGGCCAUCACCGCGCUGGCGCUGUCCCCCGACUCACGGCUCAUCUUCGCCGCGGGCCACAGCAGGCUUAUUAGAGUCUGGGACCUCGCAUCCCGAACAUGCAUACGCAGCUGGAAGGGACAUGAUGGUCCUAUCAUGGCCAUGGCAUGCCAUGCUUCUGGUGGUUUGCUUGCAACUGCCGGAGCAGACAAGAAGGUCUGCGUAUGGGAUGUGGAUGGUGGAUUUUGCACCCAUUUCCUUAGAGGCCAUACAGGUGUUGUGACAACCAUUAUGUUCCACAAAGAUCCAAAAAGUCUUCUGUUGUUUUCAGGAAGUGAAGAUGGCACUGUGCGAGUGUGGAACCUUGAAACUAAAAAAUGUGUUGCUGUGCUUAAAGAGCAUUUUUCAGCAGUCACUUCAUUGACAUUGUCUGAUGAUGGACAAAUUUGCUGGGCGCUGGGAGGGAUAAGAUUGUUACCGCGUGGGAUAUUCUACAUGCAAUCAAUGGCUUUUCUGGUCUUCUACAGUUGUCUUUGCGUAUUCGAGCAGCAAACAUCUGAUGUAACUGUUAACUCAGAGAACGAGGAAACAAGAAGGGGCUUUACAUCUGCUGUUAUGUUGCCAAACGAUCAAGGAUUGCUAUGUGUUACUACUGAUCAGCAGUUUUUGUUCUAUUGUCCCAAAAGAACUGAUGAUGGGACCUUUGAACUGUCCCUAUAUAGACGACUAAUAGGUUAUAAUGAUGAGAUUCUUGACUUGAAGUUUGUCGGGGAGGAGGAACAAUAUCUUGCUGUAGCUACCAACUUGGAGCAGGUCCGUGUUUAUGAUGUGGCGUCGAUGUCAUGUUCUUAUGUACUUGCUGGCCACACCGAAAUAGUUGUUUGCAUUGACACCUGUGUCUCUGCUUCUGGGAAGACAGUUGUUGUAGCUGGGAGCAAGGAUAAUACUGCCAUCUGGGAGCUGUUGGUUCUGUUGCCUUCUCAAAGAAAACAAAGAACUAUUUUGUUAGUGGCAGCAGAUUAUCUUUUUGUUAGCGAUCAAACCAUCAAGGUAUGGACCUGGGACGAUGCCCUUGGUGAUGCUGAGGAUGAAGUCCCUCUUAAAGCAAAGGCUGUUGUAGCUGCACAUGAUAAAGAUAUUAAUUCUCUGGCAAUUUCACCUAAUGAUGGUCUUGUUUGCAGUGGUUCUGAGGACCGAACUGCUUGCAUAUGGAAACUCCCUAACCUAGUGUCCUCUGUUGUCCUUAAGGGGCACAAAAGAGGAAUCUGGUCAGUUGAGUUUUCUCCUGUUGAACCAUGUGUCACGACAUCCUCUGGUGAUAGAACAAUCAAAAUAUGGUCCAUUGCUGGUGGCUCAUGCUUGAAGACAUUUGAGGGUCAUACAUCAAGUGUUCUGCGAGCUUCUUUCCUUUCACGUGGAACUCAAGUUGUUUCUUGUGGAAGUGUUGGUCUAGUGAAGCUAUGGACAAUCGAGACAAAUGAAUGCAUUGCUACUUAUGAUAAGCAUGAUGGGAAGGUCUGGGCAUUGGCUGUUGGCAUGAAAACCGAAAUGGUUGCUACUGGUGGAGCCGAUGCUGUCGUCAACCUGUGGCAUGAUUGCACCAUGGAAGAUAAGCAGGAAGAUUUCCUUAAGAAGGCAAGUGAAACAUUCUGUUACGCUUUCAACAUAUAUAUAUAUAUAAUAUUUUGCUACAAACGGUGUAUUCUACCACCCACGAGCAAGGGCGUCCUCAGGCCCAUGUGGGCAGUGCGACCGAACUGGGCCCCCAAAAUUCAUGGGCCCUAA